UGGGUAGCUUUAUUAUUACUUUGCCUGCAAAUUGAACCUUUCUUUGAUUGGAUUGGAUUGGGUUGGAUUGGAUUGGAUUGGAUGUGAUUGGAAUCCAUAAAACUAUUUCCCUUCCCCCUCCUCCUCAUCUUCUUCCUUUUUUCCGUUGCGGUACUUCCCUCCAGUGGUGUCGAAAGAAAAGAAGAAAAAAAAGGUAACUUGAGUGUGAUCAGUGAUUAAUCAAUAUCACUCCUCACUCAUUUUGUCCCAUCUUCACUCAUCUCUCACAUUCACCCAAAGCUUCCUUCACACACGUUGGACAUACCCGACUACCUAGAUAACGAACCAAAAUUCACCAACAAGGUCCAACACAAGCCUCUCUCACCUUUGCAACUCUUCACCAUAAUCUCUUUAUAUAAUUAUAAUUCUUUGCCGACUUCGCCCGUUAUCUUUCCAUUGAAUCCUCGCAGCCCUAUUCAGAGCCUAGUACCUUAUCCGACUUCGGCCAUCUUGGUAUAAUACUCUUUACUAUCUACAACAUUCCUCUUCUUCCUUUUGCACCCCGACUUCCUCUCACCUCCAUAACCUUUCGAUCUGUGAGCUUCUUUGCUAGCUACGACAACCAAUCCCUCUCUUCUUUGAUGAUCUAUUAGUCAGAUCUGAAGACAACUACACCUCACUUGCUCAAGUAGAGUUAUCAAUUUUGGACUGAGGUCAAGCGUAUUCAAGAUGGUUGUUGAAUACAAUGGGACAAAUGCGGCGGGGGGUGAUUCAUUGACUGAGGAUCUCAACAUCUUUUAUGAUGCUGGUGACAUUGCUUGGAUGAUCACUUCCACUGCUUUGGUCUUGCUCAUGAUUCCUGGUGUCGGUUUCUUCUAUUCCGGUCUGGCUCGUAGAAAGUCUGCCUUAUCAUUGAUUUGGCUUUCAAUCAUGGCUACCGCAGUAGUUUCUUUCCAAUGGUUCUUCUGGGGUUACUCUCUCGCCUUCUCUCACAGCGCUGGAAAAUAUAUCGGUGAUCUGGAAAAUAUCGGCUUCCGAAAUGUCCUUGGAGCACCAUCUGUUGGUUCCACCAAAAUUCCCGAUCUCAUGUUCGCCGUCUACCAGGGUAUGUUCGCCGCCAUCACGGUAGCUCUCGCAGUUGGUGCCGUCGCAGAACGUGGUCGCAUGCUUCCAACCAUUGUUUUCAUGUUCGUUUGGUCAACCAUCAUCUACGAUCCAAUUGCUUGCUGGACCUGGAACGCUUCUGGAUGGGUUUUCAAGAUGGGUGGUCUCGACUUUGCUGGUGGAACUCCUGUGCAUAUUUCUUCGGGUUGCGCAGCUCUCGCAUACAGUAUCAUGUUGGGCAAACGUCGUGGACAUGGUACUCACGAAUUGAAUUACCGCCCGCACAACGUUACACACAUUGUUAUUGGAACCGUUUUCCUAUGGGUUGGAUGGUUUGGUUUCAAUGCUGGUUCCGCUCUUGCAGCUAACAUGCGUGCUGUUAUGGCCGCAGUCGUUACCAACUUGGCUGCCUGUGUUGGUGGUAUCACAUGGUGUGUCCUCGAUUACCGUCUUGAGCGGAAAUGGUCUACCGUCGGUUUCUGCUCGGGUGUUAUUGCUGGUCUCGUCGCUAUCACUCCAGGAUCUGGUUUCGUUCCUGCUUGGGCUUCCAUCAUCUAUGGCGUUGUCGGAGCUGCCGGUGCCAAUUAUGCUACCAAACUCAAGUUCGUCCUCGGUGUCGAUGAUGCUCUCGAUAUCUUCGCCGAACACGCCGUUGGUGGACUCAUCGGAAAUAUCCUCACUGCUUUCUUUGCUGCUGAUUACAUAGCUCAUCUUGAUGGUUUUACCGAGAUUCCAGGUGGAUGGCUUAACCGAAACUGGGUCCAACUCGGAUACCAACUUGCCGAUUCUGUUUCCGGUGGUGUUUACUCCUUUGUCGGAACGUGCAUUAUUCUCUUCAUCAUGAACCUCAUCCCAGGUCUCUCCCUCCGCGCUACCGAAGAAGCUGAAAUUCUUGGUAUCGAUGAUGCUGAGAUCGGUGAGUUCGCUUACGAUUACGUUGAGCUUACUCGUGAGGUCUUAAACGAUACAUCCGAGACUGGAAGCAGAUACUCUGGUCGCGAUACCGCUACCACUCCUUCUCCUCAUCAUGAGAAGGAAGCUAGACAUUCCGCUCAAGACAUGGAAGCUUAAAUUAUCAACUUUGAUAAUUAGCUUCAGUGUUUAGCCUUCUUUGUCUUUCGUCUUUCGUCUUUUUGGGCGUACAGCGACUUCGCAUAGACAUGGUCUUGAUCAAUCAUGAUUAAUGAUCCGUAAUUUUAUUUUCCUUUCUGUUUGACCUACUUCUUCGCCAUGAUAUCAAAUUCAAUGUUUAUUUUUUUCCAACCCAAGAAAGCUAGCAACUCACUCGAGAUACCACAUUUUUUUCUUUUUCUUCAAUGUUUUUUUCUUUGAUGUAUGAAACUGAGGUUUACUUACGGCAUACAUCUGUACAGUGACUAUACAUGCAACUUUUGCGUGUAGUUUCUGACUUUUUGUAUUUAUUGACCAUUGAAUGGAUGGUGAAAAAGUUGGUUACGGGAGGGAGGAGUGAGGGCUUUUUUUCUUGUGUGGUGUUCCUUUUUUUAAAUCUCGAUUCGGAAUCUGAUUUGUAUGUACCGUAGCAGACAAUGAUGAGGAAAUUGAGAUCAAAUGAUAUUAAAUUAUUUGUAAUGAAUUUUUGGAAGCAUGUGAUUGUAUUUGAAUAUGUGAAUUUGAUGAUGGAAUUCAAUUGGGUUCUCCAUUUUGGUGAGGAUCGGAAGUGGAAGUGAUGAUACGAGGAGGAAUAUCGAUGGAUGAAUAACGCAACACGGGAAAAUGAAACGAAACUCGGAACAAUACA